GUUAUUACAUGUCCAGCGUCUCUCGACAUCGUGGUUGUGGAAGCGGAAAGAGUGUUGUGGGUCUCUGAUAUCGCGCGCGGUAAUCUCUCGAUUUCCGUUUUCACCGAUUUUUCGGGCGCUCAUCUGAAAUAAAGUUAUUUUUUCUUUGGAAAAGUUUUCUACAAAAUGGGAAAGAAAAAUUCCAAGCUAAAGCAGGACACUAUCGACAGAUUAACUACAGCGACUUACUUUACCGAGAAAGAAAUACGACAAUGGCACAAAGGAUUUUUAAAGGACUGUCCCAAUGGACUUCUGACGGAGCAGGGAUUCAUUAAAAUAUACAAACAGUUUUUUCCACAAGGAGAUCCAUCCAAAUUCGCCUCUUUAGUUUUUAGGGUAUUCGACGAAAACAAUGAUGGUUCCAUUGAAUUUGAGGAGUUCAUUAGAGCUCUUUCAGUAACGUCUAGAGGAAAUUUGGAUGAAAAGUUACAUUGGGCGUUCAGACUAUACGAUGUAGAUAACGAUGGAUUCAUUACAAGAGACGAGAUGUACAACAUUGUGGAUGCUAUAUAUCAGAUGGUGGGUCAACAACCAUCAGAAGACGAAAACACACCACAAAAACGAGUGGAUAAAAUAUUUGACCAGAUGGAUAAGAACCACGAUGAUCGAUUAACACUAGAAGAAUUCAGAGAGGGUAGUAAAGCUGAUCCUAGAAUAGUCCAGGCUCUCACUUUAGGCGGAGAAUAGCAUAAAGAAGACCAGGCAGGACCACCAGACAAAAUGUGACCUGCAAACAGUUCGCCGACUAAUUAAUUUACGUGAAUGAGCAAGUUGAGAAAGCUACGCAGGAAAUAUAGAAUGGAUUACUAAUUAAUUAGGAAUUUGUAUUUAUUUUUAUAUAAACAUAUAUCGUUAAAUCUAAGGUAUAUACAAACUUCCACUUAGUGGUUUUAAAAAUAUGUAAUAAUCUUUAUUUGUGUUUGUUAAAUUCGUUCAAAUGUUAUUUUUGAUAUUGUGGUGAGUGUGUGCCAAUUACAAAUAAUAAAUAAACUGUAUUCAAUAGUUGAAAUCAUACUAUGGCAUGAUACAUUUGAUAACGAUUUAUAUUUCAAAUUUUAUUAGAUAGAAACGUACUAAAUUAACCUUCCAUUAUUUGUUCAGGCAAGAAACUAAUAAUAUUUCAUAUUUGUUUUACUGUUGUUUAAAAAUGUGUCUCUAAAACCAUGAAUUUGAUACCAAAAGUUUAUAGAAGAGGUUCAAAUAAAUGUAAUACGAGCAUUUGAAAUUUUAUAUAGUUUUGAGGAUUGAAAAUGUACAUCCCUGUGCUUAGUGACAAUUUAAAUGAAACCAAAUUACGCUCAUAAAUCCCCAGAGAGAAAGCCCCAGAGAAAAGGUAUGCCUAGUUGUAAACAAUCCGUCAUUUUACACUUCAAUAAUUCAAAAAUCAAUUUACCAAUCUAUUAAUAACGUAGUCCUGGUUUACAUCGAUAAAACGUACAGAAAAAUUUCCAUUUUGAGUUCGGAGGAGCAUGUAAAAAUAAGAAAUUCUGUGAAAAACUCUCUUGAUCUCUUUCUAAUUUUUCGAAAUUGUUUCUCCAUUAUUUGCUUAAUUAUUAUAUUAUUAUACUAGUUACAAUAAUAAAGAUACCACAAAAAUUUAAAACAUAUUUCAUUAAUUUCUUACACACAAAUGUGAUAGUAUAGUUUGCAAAUUUAACAAGAAAAAAAUAAAAAUAAAUAAAUAAAAUAAAUACAGUGGUUUAAUAGGAAAUAAAAAUAAAUAUAAAUAAGACAAAAGAUAUGAUAAUGAACGAGAGGAAUAAGGAUGAUCAAAACGAUAAAGAAAUCGAAUGCAAAUAAAACAUUUUAGAAAGAGUAUCGGCAUAUGAAUAUCUAAACGCAAUCAUCAGGGAAAAAGAAAUACUAGAUCUAAUAUUAACAAAUAGAUUAACAACUAGAUCAGUGCACACCUUUUUGAACCAUGAUCCAAAUUGUAAAGUGAUCUAUACCUGACAGAACAAAAAUAUACAUGAAAUAUAGAUGAAAAACAAUUUCAUUACUUUACUUUUAUUAAGAAAAAUAACACAGUUCAAUCAUAGUUUCAUGUCAUCUCUUAGUAAUCUUCCAAUAAAAAAGCUACACCUUUCUGGUACUUGAAAUUUCAGUCUAAUUGGAGUCAAAUUUCAAUCUAACUAUUACAAACAUUGAUUUCAAAUGCUCUUCUGAUAAUAAAAAUAACGUAUUUAAUGUUUGCCCAAUGUGUCAGCCCACAUAUAUAUAUAUAUAUAUAUAUAUAUAUAUAUAUAUAUAUAUAUAUAUAUAUAUAUAUGUAUGGAUUUGGGAUCUCGUAUACGCUUCGAACCAAAGGAUCUAUUGGGUCCCCAUUUCUAGCUGCGAUACUGGAGAGCCCAAAGUUAACAGCGGAUCCAUUCAUCCUCUAUGCAAUAAACUCUGAACGCCGUAUUAUCUGCUAGAUCUAGCGUCUUCAGGUGUUGAGGCGACAGUGCUCCUAUAGACCUCCUGAUAGUAUUGGUAGAUUGUGCUUACUUAGGUCGAUACAUUUAGCCUACUCUGGUUAUAGUUUUCCUGAAUAGUCUUUGCCUAUCUCAACCCUGCAGUAGGUUGUGCAAAUAAUUGAUUUUGCUCCUAUCUACUUUCUUCUCCAGUGUUUUUUCCAUUGUUCUGUAGUUGAUACCAUAGAAGGGUUCGGGACCCAUGAAGGGCUUGGCUAUCCCAGUUUUAGCGAGCCUAUCAGCUAUUUUAUUUCCCUUGGCUCUAAUGUGGAGCUUAAGCUCUAAUGCCUGAUAAGACGAUUAUCUCUUGUUUGCGAUAGCUCCUCUCCAGAUUGAACUUAACACAUUUUUCAAUUGUACAAAUUUCGGCUUAAGAAAUGCAUGUUGCGCUGCCCAGGCUUUCAAAGUGUUUGGUUCCAGUUCCAUCUACUGUUUUUGAUCCAUCCGUAUACGUUAACUAUCUCUUCAAUAACAUAUUCAACAGCGAAUUGAGUAUUUCAAACAAAUAUUUUAAGCCUGAAGAAUAUCUGCAAAACACAUCGUUUUUUAAUGUUUUUGUUAUGUCUUUAAACCUUUAAACCGUUUUUAACGGUGGGGUGGAUUUAUACAGAAGGAAGUGACGGACAAUAUAGAAUUCCUUAAGAACGAUGAAAUUAGAGAAAUCUUGAAUGAAGAAACUAUCAGCAGAUUUAUAAAAUAGAGUGGAUAGGACACAAAAAACGAAUACAAAAUAAAAGUAAAGUUGAAAAAGUAAUAGGAUGGAAACCCUUAAGGGACCGGUCCAAAGGAAGACCAAAAACACAAUGGGAAAGCCAAGUAACAAGUGAUCUGAAUAAAAUGAGAGACCGUGGAUGGUGAAGUAGUACCCAGGACACGAAAAAAUGGAGAAAAAUAAGUGGAAAAUCCAAAAUAUGCAAUGAACUUUAGUUUAAUAAAAGAAACGUGGAUUGACUCACCACAAUAAAUGAGUCAAAGAGCGGUUAUUACUCCUAUUGGAAUGUACAACCGAAUAUAUAUUGCACCAUACUAUAUAAAGAAAUGUGAACGUUACACCAUUAUGAAUAUUUCUGUAAAUUGUCAUUGUUGUGUUUUUUACUUGGUUCCAUUUUUAAUUCAUUAUUCAGAACAAAAAAUUUUCUGUUAACUGCGUGACACAUAUUGUUUCUUACGUAUUAUUUCUAUUUGUGUUUUAAAAAUUUUGCAUCGUUUGGAAUUUACUAGACUAUAACUCACGGUCGAAGUUAGUUUAAUAUUUUUCCUUCAAAUUAGCCCAAAGAAUAUUUUGGAUAUACAUAAUGCAGGAACUUGUUCGAAUAGAACUCAAAAAAUGAACCAUGCCCAGAGAAAAUUGAACGUUUCCAGAUAUCAAGUUCACUUAUUCUAUUCUAGACAAUUCUAGACAAACAGUUUUGUCCUUGAGAUACAUAAUCUAGCUUGUUAAGUCAUUUCUAAUUUGGUACACCCGUACUCUUCAACAAGUUAAAUGUAUCAUGCUAAAGUUUAUAUAGAACACAUAGAAAAACCAAAUUGAAACAAUUUAACAGAUUAACCAGUUAAAGGUUAUGUAGUAGUAUUAGUAAUAAUUCUACUGACUGCUCCCUACGUGAGAUUUGAUUUUGUAGCUGACUUUAAUUGAAACGAUACUCAAACUGAUUUGCACUAACUAAAUUUGCACAAAACAGUUUUUUUAUCACAUGGGUUAACAAUUAUAAUAAGUUACAAAUGUCAAAUCUCAAAUAUUCUAUAACGGAUCAGUAGUUUAUUUUCUAACAAUAAUAUUUAUCACAUAAAUAUGUUUCCUGUGUAGAUUUUUAAAUCCAGAGAACAGCUCAUUGUAUUAUGAAUAUUUUAUCAAUGUUUUCGUAAGUGUUGAUGUGGAAAAGUUUCAACUUUUUUUAUUAUUCAUAUAAGUAGUAAGAGACUCAGAUAGUUUUUUGACUUCUUUCUCUGUUCGAUGAUGUAUUUAAGUCACUUUUUAUUGAUUCAAAAAUAGUUGAGCAGAAAUUAUGAGCUAAACAGUUUAUUUAGACCUUACCUACAUAGUGUGUUCCAAAAAGUUGAGUACAAAUGGAAUAGUUGCUUAUUAAUAAUUUAAAAAACGAACUUAUAACACAGAGUUAUGAACAAAAAUCAUUUGCUCACUGAGUACUUAACAUGCCAAUACCUCUGAUGAUGAUUAAAACUGCUCAAACGGUUACGAGAGAAAUUCACAAAUUAAGACCUUAAAGUACCAAUAAUUCUGAUAAAUCCACGUAAAUACUUCUCAAAGACACUAAACAAAAAUUAAAAUUGAACAGAAAAUAUCAGAUAGUUCUAAUAAAUUUAGGGCUAAAACAGGGAGUUCCUUUACCUACUACGUUGCUCAAAAUAAGGCUUGAGUAUAUGUAAGAAGAAGCGGAAUGGGCACAACGGAAACAAUAAGAACAAAAAUUUUGAUAGUCUUCGCAGAUGAUGUGGUGAUCUGAACAAGUGAAAAAUAAUUGAAGAAGACGUGCAUACAAAUGGUAGUAUUAACCUAGUAGUAAUCAAGGAGGCGUCCAACCUCAUUAAAAUUUCAUAUCCCAAAGCACAUGAAACGAAGGGAAAUCUUAAAGUAAAAUUAGCAACCAUUACUUGAAUUGAUAUCAAAACUUUUUUUCAAGAUGAAGUUUCAUGGAAUAAAAUCAACUUAAAAUCCUUGUUUUAUUUAAAAAUAUUUUGUAUUCUUAAUUUUUCCUUCCAAAACCAAUAGUUGCAGAGAGAAAAAUUAACACCAUAAUUUAUAUAUUUUUCUAUAAAUUGAAUAGAAACCGAUAAAGAUGUAAACUGUAAUACGAUUAAUUACAAAAUUCGAAUACGAUUCUUCAGAUCUUUGAUAUCAACUAUGGAUGUCGUGUAGAUUAACGAUUCCUACAUUGUACACUUUGCAGCAUACCGAUACCUUUUCGAUUAAUAAAAUUUGUGAAUACAAAUAACCUCGAGGUACUCCACAUCAAGAAAAUAAAUUGCAAAUAGUUUAAUUUUGUUAUUGCUACUGCGCAUGCGUUCAAGUUUCUAGCUUAACUGAAAAUUUAAGAGAAAAAAAUAAUCAAUAUUAGUCACCACCUUUUAAGGGGGAUAUCUCGGAAAAGGGUGGACGAGCAAUCAUCUCCUGAAUUUUUUCGCAUGAAUUUAUUAACACCCUUUAUAUAUCAUAGAGUCAUCCCGACUAUAAUUUAUAUAAGCGAAACGUGAAUACUGAAUAAAACUGAAGAAAACAAGGAGGGAGGAAGAAAUUACUUAGGACCGAAAAGAAGGGAGGCAUAUGGAGAAGAAGGACAAACUAAGAAAUGAAGAACCUGUCUGAUAAAUAAGAACUUAGCAAAAUUAUAGGAUCCAGAAGACAAAGAUGGCUGGGACCUUUGGAAAUGCCGGAAACAGCACGAUAUAUAUAAAGCUGCUUCCUCAAAUUCGCAAAUACGUAUAUAUUUUGGAAAUUUACAACACAUUCCUAGUUUAUUCAAUUUGCCCCUACGAAUGGAAGUUUUAUAUAAGAUUUGGAAAAGAAUAAUGCCCCUCGAGAGUACAGUCCUUCAGAAUUUUGAUAUCAGAACCAUUAACCUUCCGUAAGUGAACAAGAAAUAUGAGUAUGAACAGAAAUUAUCUGGAAAACUCAUCGCGAUUUGACAUAGACCAAGAGAAAAACUUGAAAAAAAGAGCUGGAUCUAUGCAGUAGAAGGAUUAAAUAUCAUAAGAAAUAGAGAGAACUGGCGAUAGAUAAGGAGAAUAUCCAGAAUUCAAUAAUUUACAGCAAAGAAAAAUUCAGUCAAUCUUGGAAAUAUAAGAGACGCUAUAAAUAAUAUUGGAUAAUAUUGAUAUCAUCAUUAAUGAAACAUCAGAUAGACAGGUCAUUAUGAAAGUACAGAAAUUAUCUGGAAAAUUAGAAAUUUCAUCGCGAUUUGACAUAGACCAAGAGAAAAACUUGAAAAAAAGAGCUGGAUCUAUGCAGUAGAAGGAUUAAAUAUCAUAAGAAAUAGAGAGAACUGGCGAAAGAUAAGGAGAAUAUCCAGAAUUCAAUAAUUUACAGCAAAGAAAAAUUCAGUCAAUCUUGGAAAUAUAAGAGACGCUAUAAAUAAUAUUGGAUAAUAUUGAUAUCAUCAUUAAUGAAACAUCAGAUAGACAGGUCAUUAUGAAAGUACAGAAAUUAUCUGGAAAAUUAGAAAUUUCAUCGCGAUUUGACAUAGACAAAGAGAAAAAAAAGAGCUGAAUCUAUGCAGUAGAAGGAUUAAGUAUCAGAAAAAAUAGAGAGAACUGGCGAUAGAUAAAAAGAAUAUCCAGAAUUCAAUAAAAAGAAUUCCAGAACCCAGAGCAAAUUGUAGCAAAAUGAAUGCUUCAACACAAUAAAUAGACAAAUAUUGAAUGCAUAAGCAGUAACUGUAGGAAGUAAAAGGCUUGGUUAUGAUGGUGUUAUCAUUUUUUAUAUACGUCCUUAGAAUAUACAAGCAGACUUUGAUGAUACAAAAUACUACUUUAGAAUGAUACUGUUAUAAGUGGCUUUUCAUAUUUCGUUGAAAUCAUGAAAGUGUUAAGCAGUUUUUUCAGAUUUAUGCUGCUCUUUUUAUUCCCGCCUUACUGCUUACUUACUAGCUUCUCUCUCACGUUAAGGUAUUGAAAGAAUAAGAAAGAACUCGAAGGAUAUACACUUUGACUACUCACACUCUACCCUACUAUCAAUAGGUAGCUUUACCUAUUCUAAAAUAAUUUGAUUGGUCCACAAUACUUCAGAAUGUUACAUAACAACAAAAUGAUUCUUCUGAAAUGUUCCAUAAUGAGCUUAUUCUGAACAUUCUAGAAGUUCUUGAUAUUUUGUAUCUCGAAAUAUGUAGACUGCAGAAUUUUUGGCCCAUAUAUCUCAAAAAACCUGCCUUCCAGGUAAAAAAAAGAGAUGGAGAGAUACAUACAACACCUAAAUCGUAUCAGGACUUGAUUCUGAGUUUUAGCGGCAUUGUACUUCUUUUUUAUAUUUAUUGGAGAUGCCUCUAGAGUUUUUCAGUAAAGAAUGACUAGCAAUAUCAAUAACGUUGAAAAUAUCAAUAUUAGAUGAUAUUUAACUAACCAAUGUAAUAAAAAAUUUGUCCCAUUUAUGACUCGUAUAUUUCAAAAUAAUAAUUCUCAACAAUGUCACAUUCGUUGAAUAUUCAAUUGAAACAUUGAGUUGUUGUUGAGGUAUUUAAACGAGUGGAAACAGAGAAAGAGUUCAAAGAGUUUCUGAAGUUAAUUUCCAUACGAAUGGUUGGGAUUUUUUUAUACGUUCAUAUCCUAGUUUUAAAGGAACUAUAAUUAUUGUCGAUAUUCAUCGAUAAAAUCGAUUCUAAUGUCAAUUUCAAAAAUUUAGUGACCUUUGUACAUUUGCUUCUUUAAUAAUAUACUUAAUAUAAUCUUAUACAUACAUUUGGCAAUCAUUCUACGAACUAUGCUUGUAUCUGCCAAGUAGGGUAUUGAAUAGGAUAUAAAAUAAGAAAUAAAAAGGACUGAACAUGCUUAAAUAAAAGCAUUUACUUAUUAUUAACUUAAUUUGAAAGGUCCAUAUACAUCUUUCUAGAGAAAAAGAAGGAUUUUAAUACCGAAAUGAACUCUCAACAUAGAUGUCAAUGCUAGUAAUGAAAUAAUCUAUAGAAAGAGUUAUAUCUGAGGCAAACAUUGUAUCUUGGUGCAAGUAAGUGAAGAAAAUUACUGAGGAAUAGAAGAGAAACUAAUAAACGGAGUAAAGGCUUUAUACGAACAGACAAAAAACUAUCAGAGUUUGCCAAGAUGUAUCAAAUAGUUUCGAAACAAGAUAAGGAAUAAUGCAAGGAUGUAUACCAAACCCAUUACUAUUUACCAUGGUGUUUGUUGAAUGAAUAAAAAGAGCAAAAAGGCAAGCUAAACAUUGGACAAUGGAAAACAUUAAAAUUGCGGAGAUACUAUACGCAGAAGACACGGUAGUAAUUGCAAAAGAUGAGAAAACCUCAAAAGAACUCAAACUUAAAAGUAUACAGAUAAUGAAUAUAAUACCAAGUCGAUGAUAAUAAGCCGAAAGGAGAAGACAGAUAUUAGAAGAAUCAAAUAUAGAGCAGGUCAAUAGCUUUAAUUACCUUGGCACGACACUAACAUAAAAUGGAAGAAUAGAACAAGAAAUAAACAAGAGAACUGGAACAGCUGCAAGAUGAUUCAAUGCAAUUAAGCCACAAUUUUCAAACAAUAGGGAAUACUAAAACAAAUAAAAACAAAAAUAUAUAAAAAAGAAGCCACACCUACAUUGACAUACGGAUCAAAGAUAUGGACACCCACCAUCUACAUAGAAACAAAAAAAAGCAAAGUACAGUAUAUGACAUAAUAAGAGAAAAUUUGAAUCGAAAAUCAAUUAAAAAACAUUGGAAGAAGGACGAUUAAGAUGGUUUGGUCAUAUUAUGAGAAUGGAAGAAGAGCCAUUUCUACAGUAGAUAUACGAAGGACGAACCUACAAAGAAAUAGAAUAUCGAGAACGAGCUGGACAGAAGAAAUCAAGUGGGCAAGGGAAGGAAAGAAAAUAAUGGAAACUUUUGUGGAAAAGAGAGCCUACGUAAUGACUCAACUCUACCAAGUUUUACAUCUGAAAAGAUAAAGAGGCUUCAGGAUUAAGUGAAGAAGUAACUGAAGAAAAUAUUUAAAAUUAGAUCCCAGAGGAAUCCACCUACUAACACAGGUAUUCUUGAAGAAAUACUAAUAUUUGGUGAGUUUCUGUAAAUUUAAUGUAAGAGUAAAUAUUAAGUAUUGGGUUGGGUUGAUUAAUAGAUAACCCUGAUAUAGAAAUAAGAGUGCUGAGGUUGUCUGGUAUAUGUCGCUACAAUCCCACAAAUAAACUAAUUCUUCACGUUACAUAACCGCGAGAACCUGCAACACCGACGAGUUGUAAGGGAUGUUUUGAAUUAUGGUAACUUAAGACCAUUUAAGAGUCGUCCAGGAAAUUUUUUAAUUACUAUUAGUAGUCUAGUGAACAAUUGUUUUCACCUCAGAUUUCCAUCAAGAUCCAUCGAUUUGCUUGGAUAUUUAAAAGUAGAUAGUAGUUUUAACAAGCAAGGUCUACCCUAUGCCGAUAUGUGUUUUUAUUCUGGGGGUGAAUACCACUAAUUAUUUUGUUGAAGCUAACAAAAAAACCGAUAGAAAGAAGCAUUCUAAACACAAAUUAUGAUUAUACAAUGGAAUUUUUUCGAAAAUUCAAUAUUUUUAAAUGUAGCUUUUAAAAACCUAAAAAAAUGUUAUAGACCUAAUACAAAUCGAGUUAUGAUUUAUUAAAGAUGGAACUUAUUUAGUGAACGUGCAAAACGGUCAAUUUUACUAAAAAAAUGUUUUGAAUCUUUUUUGAAGAGCUUUGGAAAACCACUCAAAUGAGACUUGAUAAGACUUUCUAAUUCAUAACUUUUAUGACGAAAUCCCUUCAUUUCAUGUUUUUUCUACCCUCAAUAUUGCCACCCUUAUUGAAAUAAGAUGUUAUAAAUUUGCAAAUCACUUAAUUGAAUACAAUUAAUACGAUCAAGAAGUUUGAAUGGUUCAGAGAGCUUGAUUCUGAAACUCAUGUUUACAACGGGGAAAGCAUUUUUAAAUUUUUUCAAAAAAUUGGCUUUUAUUAUAAAUAACUUAAAAAAUAUAAAAAAUACACUAAAACUGCUAGAGAAAAAGAAGUUAUUUUUUUGAAUUCUUUUUUUUUUUAACUUAACCGAGAUAUAACCUACCUUUUAGGGCCCUUUGAACGUUUUCCUUUGAAAAACUAAGGAUUUAAUGUACUAUUCCAAAAAUUUUUUGCCUAGUACAUGAUAAAUUUUCCUACAAAAUGGUUGUUUUAAUUGACUACCGAGUUAAGAAAUUAAGAGAGUUAUACCUAAAACAAACUUAUUUCAAUUUCGGAGGAGGAAUUUAUUGGCAUAGAGUAGAUUUUGAAAUGAAGGGAAAAUAGAACUAAAGUCAAUUUCAUGCAAACCCAUGCAUCUUUCUGAAUUUCUGAGAUGAUACCAUAAUUUUACCAUUGUUCACCGGACUAUAGGCGAAAGGAAAGAGAUGAGACAAUUUUUUCUUGGUGGUUUCUGAAGGAGACCAUUUGACAUAUGCUCAGAUUCUUCCUAAAAAAUCAGGCGAACAAAUAUUGUUUCCUUUACAUUCAGAUACACAAGAUAAUUGCGGUAGAGCAAUGUCUUGUCGUUUACCACUUUGUUUUUGAUAAUAAUAUGAAGAUUGGUGACGGCGAUAAAGAUGAAUGCCCUACCCUGAAUCCUAAGUUGGGAAUGAUACUAGAUAAACAAGCCCUACACUAAAACAUCGACUUCAUCUGCAAGACUGCUAAAUGAUAUGAGACGGUAAGAUUCAGGUUUUGUAGGGUCUUUACCAGGUUUAAAUAUAAAAAAACUGCGAAAGGAAGAAAAAUCCGUCCAAAGGCUAUGAAGAAACCUAGAAAAGAAAUUACUAUGACACGUUCAGAACAUUCAAAUGAUAUUCGUUAAUGUUAUCAUUAAAUUUGAUUAGAGUAGAAAUAAUAAGCUGUAAAGUUUAGUUUGGAUCUAGAUGCAACUAAAAAAUAUUAUUCCUCGAGGAUAUGGUGUGGUAUGAGAAUAUAAUAAUAGAAAAUUGAGAACGACCCGUCAAAAUAGGAAAGCGAUUUCAGAUAAUAAGCACAGCUAACAUAGCUUAAUGAAAUAAUGCUAAAAGUCAAUAUUUUUAAAAAAUUAUUAAUACUUAUAACAUGAAAAUAUCAUGUUCAGUCCUAUCUUUAGUGUAUUGUACUGAUAUUCAUAGCUUUAGAAGCUUACAAAAGCGAUUAAAUGUAUUAUUUGUUCGAUUUAUCUAAAUAUUUCACACUAAAUGAUUUCUGGAGUGAAAAUAACUAAUAAAAUCAAACGUGAGAAGAUUUUUUCUAACAAAUUCAUUAAUAUUGUACGUUCUGUUUUCUAUGCCACUUAGUACUUAUAGAUUAUUUUAGAAACUUAUUUAGUAUACUUAGAUUAUUUCUCAUAGUUUAUUUAAACUGAUCUAUACCUAAAUCAGUUCCCACCUAUAGUCAUUGUCAGUGACAGAUAAUUGAUUUGAGUUUAGUUGAAAUAAAAGUCUACUAAAUGCCUCCUCAGUUAACUGAAAUAUGAUGAAAAUUUUUUUUUGGAUAUACCUACCUGAUUGACAGACAUGGUAACAAAUGCCAAGUAAAUUUACACAUCUAAAAAAUUCAAAAUAUUUGUUCCAAGACUUAUAUCAUCGACUUACUUUCAAAACCUCCUAAGGCAGUUUUAACUAAUUUUACAGGAGGGAUGAAAAACCUAUAUGAAGUUCCGUACACCAAUUAUGUGAACUGAUCUUUGAUUAACCAAUAAUUACAGUUGGUUAUGACUUGUUCACAAUAAUGUCCACUCAAAAAUAUAAUUAUAAACUUCAAAGCCAGACAAACAAGGUUCUAAACAAAAAUAAA